AUGAUACCCGAUGAAAUAAAGUUCAUUUUAUUUCUCAUCUUUUAUAUUCCUUCAACUCUCUGCACAUUAUUUGUUCUUUACCACUUAUUAUUUGAUCGAACAUUACGUCAGGCACUUCAUAACCAUGUUAUUAUCGUUCUUUUAGUCAUCUGUUUGCUUGCUGAUGGUACGAUUUACCCUUGGAUGCUCUACUAUUAUCAGAAUGAAAAUACAUGGAAUCGAUCGAUGAUCUUUUGUACUAUCUGGGGAUUUUUAGAUUGGAGUCUUUAUAUUCUACACACAAUGUUAUUUGCAUGGGCAACAGUCGAAAGACAUAUUCUCAUCUUUCAUGAUCGAUGGAUUUUAACAAGAAAGAGACGAUUGAUUUUCCAUUAUUUUCCCCUUGUUUUCUUUCCUAUUUAUUUAUUUGUCUUUUAUUUUCUUGUUUAUUUCAUUCCGCCAUGUGAAAAUUAUUCCGAUCCCACGUAUCCUGUUUGUAUGUGGCCGUGUUUAUAUAAUAAUUAUGCACUUUCAAUGUAUGAUUAUGUCGUCGAACAACUCUUACCGACUUUCACCAUUGUUUUCUGUAGCAUUACGCUGCUUAGACGUGUUUUACGGCAAAGAGUUCGAACACAACGAAUCAUUCAUUGGAAAAAACACCGAAAGAUGGCCAUUCAAGUUUUAUGUAUAUCACUUGUCUACCUUCUUUUAUUAUUACCUUAUGCUACUAUUUAUAUUCUUCGCUUUUAUGUCGGUUUAUCAAAUCCAUUACUCGAUGAAUUUUCAGCUUCAACAUCUUUCAUCAGUUAUUUCAUUAUUCUUCUUUUUCCUUUUGUUUCUGCUGUGUCCUUACCAGAAUUACAAACAAAACUGACAAAUCUUCUUCUUUUACGACGAAAAAGACAAAUAAAACCACGUGUGACAUUGCUGGUCAGAGUCCAUCCAAAUGGAAAUGAUCAACAUAAUUGA